CCUUUGCGUCCGACCCGAGUUGAUCUCGCGACCUCCAUACGACCGUCGUACCACCAAGAACUCUUGCUCGCCAAUCUACCCGUCGACCACGCCGCAACAACACGUCGGUAGACUAGCCAUCAUGAGCAAGACUCUGCUUCUCAGCUUCCUGCUUCCGCUCUAUGUGCUUGCACAGUCGAGCUCGACACCAAGCCAGCUCCCGCCUGCGCAAUACAAUGGAGGCGACGACAACCCAGCCGACCCAAGUGAUGCUGGUGCAGCGGGAUCUCAGAAAGGCGCCUUCACACUCUCGAGCGGUGCUUUGGCAGCAAUCAUCGUGGUAGCAGUCAUUGUGGUCAUCGGAGGCAUUGGCUCCGCAACUCUAUGGUGGCUCGCAAAGAAGCGGCAAUGGGAUGUCCGACAGUCCAUUCGUCGUGCAUCACGCCGGUUCACUGGUCGUGGAAACACAGACAACAAGCACCAGAAGCGACAGAACCGAAGAACUAGCAUCCGUCUCAACUCUCCUCCGCUUGGCAAGAACAACAAAGCCAGACAAGAGCACGAUCUGGAGAAGGGUCUGCCCAUGACGAACAAGGAACCCAAGACUACGACCAUUAUUUCGAGUGCGAAGCAGUAGUCCAGCCCCGCCGCUACAGCGACAUAAACUCAGAGCAGAUCAUCUUUGAUCUCCGAAAAGAUACCGGCUCCAUCAGUCGAGAAGGAAGGCCGCCAUGGGUUGUAGAUAUUAUGAAAUGAGACGACGACGAAUCAAGCUCUGGGAGCACAGGCUGGUUUCGUCAUGCCAGACGACGAAUCAAGCUCUGGGAGCACAGGCUGGUUUCGUCAUGCCAGACGACGAGAGUUCACGUGUAUGAAGUGCACCAUGGGAGUUCACAAGCCAUUGGGCUUGCUUGGAGUAUUUGCGUUCAAUGUCCGCUAUCUUUGUACCGUAUAUGAUAUCCCUGUGCGACUUGGAAGUUUCAAUACCAAAGGCGAAUUGCCUUGUUACCUUUCUG